AUGCCUACUGUCAUGGCCAUGGACGGUGACGACCACUCGCGUGCCGUCGCACCGCUGGACCUGAGCACCACUCAGCGGGGGAACACCUCUUCCACAACGGCGCCUCAAUGCGGAGGUUGCCCAAGGGAGGCGGUUCGCUCACCUGUGUCUCCCUCGCCCCCUUCUCGAAAGCGCCCGGCGGACAGAGCUUCCCUCCGGCUUCCUUUUCGUAAAAGACCGUACCCGGUGGAGCCGGAGGAGCGAGGCUCAGGAGAAGCGGGGCAAGAGGAGGGUCUUUCUCGGGUGUUAGAGGCGGACGCGCCUCACCGGGAGAGGGAGACAAGCCCUUUAGCGGGUACCCCUGAGAAUCGACUUGCACCGGUAAAUCUGAUGCAGGCUGAAGAGGCUCCGUGGGCUACUGACACUUGUCCUGUCCACAUAGUGCCCACGUUCACCUAUGGUCACUACCCUGUGUACCAUUAUCACGAAUUGGGCCAUCUUGGGUUCCACCCUACUCAAAACCUACUGGCAAGCGUAGCUCUGGCUACCCGACAAGAUGAAGACGGAGACACAGCUCUGCACAUAGCGGUGGUGCAAGGGGAGUUGGCCAUGGUGCGUCAACUCAUCCAUCUUCUGCAAUACGCAGGCAGAAGCCUCGAUGUCUUCAACAACCUCCGACAGACUCCCCUUCACCUGGCGGUGAUCACACAGCAAAUAAGCAUUGUGGAGGCCUUGCUGAGGGCUGGCUCGGACCCCUCUGCUUUGGACCGUAACGGCCAGACGGCUCUGCACCUGUGCUGCGAAUACAACCACCCAGAGUGUCUUUCUGCAGUGCUUUCGUUGCCCUCUUCUGCUGUCUGCCUGGACAUGAAGAACUUUCAAGGUUUGAGCCCUCUCCAUUUGGCUGUGUUACAUGCUCACAUAAAUUUAGUCAGCAUGCUGCUGGGAGCGGGGGCUGAUAUCAACACCAUGGACAUCAAGAGUGGCCAGAGUCCCCUCAUUCUUGCGGUGGAGAGCAACAAUGCAGAGAUGGUCCACUUCCUCAUUGAGAGUGGCUGUGAUGUUAACAGGCCGUCUUACAGCGGCAACACAGCCCUGCAUAGUGCCUGCGCUCGGGGCCAGGCAGACUUGGUGCGAGCGCUUCUGAAGAACGGCGCCGACAGCAGCGUCAAGAACUACCACAACGACACGCCUGUCAUGUUGGCCAAGAACAAGAAGAUUGCAGACAUAUUACGAGGGAAGGGAUCGAAGCCCAUGCGAGUCCCAGAUCAACACAUCGGUGCAGCCACAUCACCACGCAGCAGCAACUUCCCAGCUAAUGGCUCUCCAUCUUCAGGUCACAGUCGUGGUUGUUCUCCUUCGACAAUACCUCACCGUGCCGCCCUUCACUCACCGAGGUCUCCUGGUGCCUUCCCAUUUUAUUAG